AUGCCAUUUGUUAUUAGGGAGGCUUGGCAGUUUGAUCGACACUCGCUGCAUGACGGGUACACCAACACAUACAGUUUUUUGUUUGGGGGAAAGAAAAUUGUGUUACUACCCGACAAGAGCCCAGUAAAAGUAGUUGUGGACAAUACCAACUUGUCAACCAGAGCAAAAUUUGAGACGGAGAUGGCAGAAAUUGGUGUAGUGUAUGUGUUAGUAGGCAGGUUAGUUGAUACUAAACAGGAGGUUUCCCAAAGAAUUCGUCCACUAUUAGAAGAGUUUCAGGAGAUUUUCCCAGACGAGCUUCCAGAGGGACUGCCACCACUACGGGAUAUUCAGCAUCAGAUUGAUUUAGUACCUAAUGCUACUUUACCUAAUUGGGCGCAUUACAGGAUGAGUCCUACUGAAUAUGAGGAGUUGCGCAGACAAGUGGAGGAGCUUUUCGCGAAGGGGCACAUCAAGAAAGUCUUAGUCCUUGUGCUGUUGCUACUCUCCUUAUGCCAAAAAAGGAUGAUUCAUAUCAGACCUGGGGAUGAGUGGAAGACGGCCUUUAAGACAAGAGAAGGGUUGUAUGAUUGGUUAGUCAUGCCAUUCGGUCUUUCCAAUGCACCUAGUAUUUUUAUGCAGGUUAUGAAUCAAGAUCUUCAUCCAUUUAUCGAAAAAUUCAUUGUAGUUUACUUUGAUGAUAUUCUAAUUUGUAGUGCUAACAAUGAUGAUCACGUCCAGCACCUUCGAGAAGUUCUUUCAGUCCUUCGUAGGGAUGAGUUUUACGCUGCAGUGAAGAAGUGA